AUGUCCACGACAGCAGAUCCAGUGUUCCAGCGUCGGAACAAGCAGAUACAAGAGGCCAUUGACGCUCAAAAUUUCAAACAGGCUUUACAACUGAUUGACAAAAGGAUCAAGAAGGGUGAGAAUACGAGGUUUCUAAGAGCGUGGAAAGCGCACAUCCUCUUCCUACACCCUGAUCAAACGCAUUCACAACAGGGAAUCACCGCUACACUCGACAUAUGCAAACUUGACCCUCCGACCACUGACUUGGACACCAUAGACUUACUGAGCUCAACGCUGAAAGCGAUACCUGGUCAUGAUGUAACAGCAAGGAGUCUCUGGGAAAAGGCGGCUAAGGCUAAGCCUCAGGAUCAUGAAAUUCAGUCGCAAUGGUUUCUCAGGUCGUUUGAAGGGGAGGACUGGAAGUCUGCGCAGAAGGCGGCCAUGAGCCUUAAUGCAAACUUUCCAAAGCAGCGAAAGUACUACCUCUGGGCAACAUUCAUGUGCCAUCUCUUGGCCGUCAAUCCAUCUUCUUCCGAAACCGAACGCAAGCUCUUUGGAACCCUCGCAUACCGUAUGAUAUCCAAGGCUGCGGAAAACGUGCCGGCUGACCCUAAAGAAUUGUUAAGUCCUCCGAGAGCUAUCCAAACUGCCGAGGAGUUGAUUCUCCUGAUCAAGAUCUUCCAGGCGCAAGGACGAGACGAGGAGAUAUUGAAAAUACUUGACAGCCACAAUCUUGGGCUAAACUCACGGCUAGUUCAAAACGACUGGUUCUUUAUUAGAGAAAAGAUACUCUCUCUAGAAAGAGCAGAGAAGUGGACAGAUGGUCUUGACUACGCCAAACAGCUCUUGAAUAUGCCAGACGAAGACGAAGCCGCAAAGAAGCUCCUACAGGAAAGAGAUGACUGGGGAGUUUGGAGCCUUUUGUUGACCUCGACCAAGAAGAUUGAUGAUAAAAAAACAUCCGAAGACACGGUAUCCUUUGUACAGAAAUUUGCCCAACGCUUCUCGAAAUCAAGAAAUGCCCACCUUGCCCUUCUAGAGGUCUCAAUAUGGAGAUUAGAGAGCGGCGAACUUGAACAGUCUGGCUUGCUUGCUGCUUAUCAAAACUUCUAUGAUUUCAAUAGCACUAAGAUGUACUGCUUUGAUGACCUCCGGAAAUACGCCUCAUACCUUGACCAGGCCCAGGUCCUGAAGCUGGUCGAAUAUGCUCUGGAGAAAGCUGAUUCUCAAAAAGAUGUGUCCACUACUGCUCAACAGAUCACACUCAUCAACGCUUACAAGCUUGAUUAUUGCUUCAAAGUUUUCUCCAAUCCCGAGUUGUCAAAAAAGCGAGCCGAAGAUCUCGUAUCACGCUGCCUCAAAAUGUACCGUGCUAUGAAAAAGGAAGAAGCUUCUGAGAAGACAAUCGAAAAUCAACCAAGAGACGAUCUCGGUCUACUCGCUGUCAUGAGCCUUAUAAGCUUGAAUGAGAACUCUGAUCAGGAAAAAGUCCCAAGUUCCGAAUUGGUUCGUUCUGCAGCCAUCUUGGAACAUCUCUGCGAAAACUCACCACACAAUUAUCAAAUCCUGCUUCUUCUUGUGCGAGUGUACCUUCUACUCGGUGCGGGUUCAAUUGCUAUGAAAACAUUCAGCAAGCUUUCUGUGAAACAAAUCCAGAAUGAAACUGUCGCACACAAUUUGUAUACUCGUCUCGCCACCAUACACCCACUCGGGGCACCGCCUAUUGAAGCCGAAUUCAAGGAUUUCAUCCCUGAAGUCGCUCUUGGCCAUGCCAUUGGUUUUUAUGACCAUGCUGACCGAACAACAACACGACAGCGAACAACAGGAUUAAAUCUUGGAAGCUAUGCCAAUGUCGAAGGUACAAUCGAGCUUCAAGAAAGCUUGAGGAAUAGUAUCUGCAGGCGGAUGUGGGCUCUCGAGGCACGCCGCAUCGAUAGACUGCAAGGAAAAGAUAGAUUUUCCAGAUUUGACGAUAUAAUUUCGGAUCAGUCAGAGCUGGUGGACAAGCGAACUUUCGAUGCUUUCAUGAACUGUGAACCAUUGGAAGCACCAUCGUUCGAGGAGAAACUGCGGCUUGGGCCUUUGCCAAAGGAACGCUGGAUCAGCGCCACCGGUAUAAUUGACCAAAUCUGGGUAUUGAAUCACCAACUACAAUCACAAAAGCCUAUAAACUCAGAUAUUGAGCUUCCCAAAAUUGAAAAUCUGGGCUUGUCUGAAAAGGUUGAUGACGAUAUGACAUUAGCUGAGAAGGCCAAUGCUGAACUCCACCGUAUUUUGUUGACAGCUACCUUGUUGUUAUCCGAUGCCAAAUCAGUUCCCGGCCAAGAUAUCAACAAGAUCUUCAAGCAGAUGGAAGAAUGGAUUUCAAAGACACUUGAAAAUGUUUCGGAUGGAGCUGCUAUCUUUACAAGCACAACAAUUGCUUUGCCAGCUUCAGAAGGGAAUAGCAAGCGGAUACUGCCAUCCUGGAAAUAUCUUCACAGUAGUUUCUUGCUCCUAGAAACCCUCAAAGUGUUGUCAUCAACAAUAUCAUUGGUGGAGACAUCGGCAAAAAAAUUGCCAAAGUCUGGUGCCAAGCCAUCUAAAGAAGUUGUGCAGAGUCUCAAAGAGGUUGCGACCAAACUUCAAGAGAAAGUCAAGUCAAACACGCGAACGUUGAGGUCGAAUGUCAUAGGAUCAGGUGUUCUUGGUGCAUUGACCGAUCUAAUAUUCCUGCAGAGCCAGAAAGAUCUGAUUGAGAGCAGCAAUGAACUUGCUGGAGAGCUGGAACAAACCCUGGAUGCGAGUGGUGUGGAGGUAUUCUGUGGAGAGCUCCUAGAAAGCUGGGAAGAGGCACUUGGGGGAGUAUUGUCAGUCAAAUAG